CGUGUAGAGAUGUGAUUGUGAAUGCGGCGUGUAGAGUCGACAGGACUCUACUGUAUUAGUUAGUCAUCACUGGGGAGAUUUAGCUAGCUACACAUACGAGGAUUGCUAAACCUGAAUCAUGCACAUCAUCAUUACAUCUAACUGGGAGUGGAGCAGAAAUUGUGCAAGAUAUGGAUAGGAGUUAUCUUUGGUUCUAGAGAUUGCGCGGUUGUUGCUCCGAGUCAAGUUUCCAGCAAGUCCCAUAUUCCAUAAUGCUUCACGAGGACUCGACUCAUUGGAACCAUGUGCACAUUUCCUCACGUGUGUUUCAUGUUGAAGCGGUGAGGCUGGGAUAAAACGGGAAAAUUAGCAAACAACAAGCAUCGGUGCAUAUAUAUAUUUUUUUUUUGGUGGGGGGGGGUAGUAGACUUUCUGUGAUUUCUGAAGUCGAGGAGGAAGGUGUGGACGGUAGUUGUGAUCCAGCUCAAAUAAAUCAGAAACAUGGGGAACGCAGGGAGUAUGGACCAACAAACUGAUUUCAGGGGACACAACAUGCCUUUGAAACUGCCCAUGCCGGAGCCAGGUGAAUUGGAGGAGAGAUUCGCAAUCGUUUUGAAUUCGAUGAACCUUCCUCCAGACAAAGCGCGACUACUGCGGCAGUACGACAACGAGAAGAAGUGGGAGCUCAUCUGUGAUCAGGAACGAUUCCAAGUGAAGAACCCACCUCACACAUACAUCCAGAAGCUGAGGGGUUAUCUGGACCCAGCGGUCACCAGGAAGAAAUUCCGACGGAGAGUGCAGGAGUCCACCCAAGUCCUGAGAGAACUGGAAAUUUCGUUAAGGACAAAUCACAUAGGGUGGGUGAGAGAAUUCCUCAACGACGAAAACAAAGGCCUGGAUGUGUUAGUGGAGUAUCUUUCUUUUGCGCAGUACGCUGUCACGUUUGAUGGCGACAGCGUGGAGAACAACCCGGAGAAGUCGGUGGACAAGCCCUGGAGCAGAUCCAUAGAGGACCUGCACGGGGGGAGUAACUUCCCGUCCCCCGUCAGCGGGAACAGCAUCUCCCGCGCCGGGCGACACUCCACGCUACGUUGCAACACGUUGCCGAGCCGGAGAACUCUGAAGAACUCCCGGCUGGUCUGUAAGAAGGACGACGUUCACGUCUGCAUCAUGUGCCUGCGAGCCAUCAUGAACUACCAGUACGGCUUCAACAUGGUGAUGUCCCACCCGCAUGCUGUGAAUGAAAUUGCACUAAGUCUCAACAAUAAGAAUCCCAGAACCAAAGCUCUCGUGUUGGAGUUACUGGCCGCCGUGUGUCUCGUCAGGGGAGGACACGAAAUCAUCCUCUCUGCGUUCGACAACUUCAAGGAGGUGUGUGCUGAGACACAGAGGUUCGAGAAGCUAAUGGAACACUUCAAGGACAUGGACAACAACAUUGACUUUAUGGUGGCGUGUAUGCAGUUCAUCAACAUCGUGGUCCACUCAGUAGAGGACAUGAACUUCAGGGUUCACCUGCAGUACAACUUCACCAAGCUCUGUCUGGACGACUACCUGGACAAGCUGAAGCACACGGAGAGUGACAAGCUGCAGGUGCAGAUCCAAGCCUACCUGGACAACGUGUUUGACGUGGGCGCCCUGCUGGAGGACGCCGAGACCAAGAACGCCGCACUGGAGCGGGUGGAAGAGCUGGAGGAGAACAUGUCACAUAUGACGGAGAAGCUGCAGGACACGGAGAACGAGGCCAUGUCCAAGAUCGUGGAGCUGGAGAAGCAGCUGAUGACGCGCAACAAGGAGCUCGACGCCAUCCGGGAGGUGUACAAGGAUGCCAACUCGCAGGUGCACACGCUGCGGCGGAUGGUGAAGGAGAAGGACGAGGCCAUCCAGAGGCAGUGCAACCUGGAGAAGAAGAUCCACGAGCUGGAGAAGCAGGGCACCAUGACGGUCCAGAAGAAGGGCGACGGAGACAGCUCCAUCCUGACCUCGCCGCCCGCCCCCGGGGGCCCGCUGGUGGCCGGAUUUGAGGGUGUACCAGGGGACUAUAACGGGGGUGCGGUCAGCCCGAUGGGGUCGAAUGGGAUCCCGGGGAUGCCCGCGCCGCCCCCUCCUCCUCCCCCACCACCUGUGCCUGUGCCAAAUGGGCCAUUGGCUGGCCUCGCCACUCCUCCCCCUCCCCCGCCGCCCCCGCCUCCCCCUGGCCCUAUGGCGGUGUCUGCCCCCCUGCCCCCUCCUCCACCCCCCAUGGCCCCACCGCUGCCCGGCUGUGGAUCCCCCACUGUCAUCUUCAACUCAGGGUUAGCAGAGGGACCCAUCAAACUGUUCUCCGUGAAGAUUAAGAAGCCCAUCAAGACCAAGUUCCGUUUGCCGGUGUUCAACUGGGUGGCACUGAAGCCCAACCAAAUCAACGGCACCGUGUUCAACGAGAUCGACGACGAGAGGAUACUGGAGGACCUGAACGUGGAUGAGUUUGAGGAGAUGUUCAAGACGAAAGCCCAGGGCCCGGCCAUCGACUUGGCCGUGAACAAGACCAAGAUCAUCCAGAAGGGUCCCAACAAGGUGGCGCUGCUGGACGCCAACCGGGCCAAGAACAUGGCCAUCACCCUGAGGAAAGUGGGCAAGGCCCCCGAGGAGAUCUGCAAGGCCAUUCAGCUGUUUGACCUGCGCACCCUGUCGGUGGACUACGUAGAAUGUCUGAUGCGCUUCCUGCCCACGGAGAACGAAGUGAAGAUCAUGCGUCAGUACGAGAAGGAGCGGAAGCCCGUGGAGGCUCUGACGGAUGAGGACCGCUUCAUGAUGCACUUCAGCAAGAUCGAGCGGCUCAUGCAGAAGAUGACCAUCAUGGCCUUCAUAGGCAACUUCUGCGAGAGCAUUCAGAUGCUGACACCGCAACUUCAUGCGAUCAUCGCAGCAUCUGUGUCAAUAAAAUCCUCACAGAAACUCAAGAAAAUUCUAGAGAUUAUCUUGGCUCUCGGAAACUACAUGAACAGCAGUAAAAGGGGAGCGGUAUACGGUUUUAAACUACAAAGUUUAGAUUUGCUACUAGACACCAAGUCGACAGACCGGAAAAUGACACUGCUGCACUACAUAGCCAACGUGGUGAAGGAGAAAUACCAGCAGGUCAAUCUGUUCUACAACGAACUGCAUUACGUGGAGAAGGCCGCAGCAGUGUCGUUAGAGAACGUUCUGCUGGAUGUGAAGGAGCUCCAGCGGGGAAUGGACCUGACCAAGAGAGAGUACAGCAUGCACGGUCACAACACCAUGCUCAAAGACUUCAUCACACACAACGAGGGCAAGCUGAGAAAGCUGCAGGACGAUGCCAAGAUCGCACAGGACGCCUUCGACGAGGCGGUCAAAUUCUUCGGCGAGAAUUCCAAAACGACGCCCCCGUCUGUGUUCUUCCCGGUGUUUGUGCGCUUCGUCAAGGCCUACAGGCAAGCGGAGGAGGACAACGAGCAGAAGAAGAGAGCGGAGCAGAUGAUGAUGGAGAAACGUCUGGAGCAGGAGGCCAUGAUGGACCAGGAGGACAAGAAGUCUCCGUCCCAUAAGAACACCCGGGGCAGGAGUCAGCAGCAGGAGGUGAUAGCUGAGCUGAGGAAGAAGCAGGUGAAGGAUACGGGCAGCCGCCACGUCUACGAGGGAAAGGACGGAGCCAUCGAGGACAUCAUCACCGCCCUAAAGAAGAAUAAUAUUACUAAAUUUCCCAAUGUCCACUCAAGGAUCUUCGCAAUCAGCCUUACAGGCGAGCCGACGCGGUGAGGAGGAGCGUCAGGAGACGCUUUGACGACCAGAACUUGCGGCCGGUCAACAACUCUGAAGUCGUAAUUUGACGAGGGAGAAGUGCAUGUGUUAGGGGCAGAGGGGGAGUGAUGUGGAAAGUGUAGCAGUCUCUCACUCUUAAGGACUGAAGGAGAGAUGAUGGGUCUGACAGGUCAGUUAUAGGGAACCUUUGACAAGCCAAGUGCCUAAAACUUACUUCUGUUCAGUUGUUGUUUUGCCUCCUGUUUGUCUCUUGUGAUUUUUUUAUUUUUAUUACUUCAAGCAAUACAACUUGAUCUGGCUUUAAUUGUAUUUUCCUUUGAUAUGUAAAACUGGACACAGACGUCUGUAGCAGGGAUUCCUGAAAGAAGUGUAGAAUGUAACGGGUCACGGUUCCCUUAGGUGUCGAAAGGUAUUCCGCCACAGGGGAUGAAUAUGGUAUUUCAUAGCUAGUAUCUUACUACAUUCCUGGUGCUACUGCCAUCACUCUUAGAAAUUACACAAUGUGCUCGAGUGGCACUUUAAAGAACGCAUUAGCUUUUCCAUUGUUACUAAAGGGCUAAUGUACUUUUUAAAGGGGACAUACACUAUAUAUACAAAAGUAUGUGGAUUCGUCUGUUUCAGCCACACCCGUUACUGACAGGUAUAUAAAAUCAAGCACACCGCCAUACAAUCUCCAAAGACGAACAUUGGCAGUGGAAUGGCCUUACUGUAGAGCUCAGUGACUUAAUGUGGCACCGUCAUAGGAUGCCCCCUUUCCAUCGAGUCAGUUCGUCAAAUGUAUGCCCUGGUCGACUGUAGGUGCUGUUACUGUGAAUUGGAAACGUCUAGGAGCAACAACAGCUUAGCCGCGAAGUGGUAGACCACGCAAGCUCGAAGAACGGAACUGCCGAGUCCUGAAGGCAAGUUAAUGUAAAUAAGAAUUUGUUCUUAACCGACUUGCCUGGUUAAAUUAAAAUUGCAACACUCACUACAGAGUUCCAAACUGCCUCUGGAAGCAACGUCAGCACAAUAACUUUGUCGGGAGCUUCAUGAAAUAGGUUUCCAUGGCCGAGCAGCUGCACACAACCCUAAGAUCACCAUGCGCAAUGCCAAGUGUCGGCUGGACUGGUAUAAAGCUUGCCGUCAUUGGACUCUGGAGCAGUUGAAACGCGUUCUCUGGAGUGAUGACUCCAUGACCUCACUAAUACUUGUGGCUGAAUGGAAGCAAGUCCCCCCAGCAAUGUUCCAACAUCUCGUGGAAAGCCUUCCCAGAAGAGUGGAGGCUGUUUUAGCAGCAAAAGGGGGACCAACUCCAUAUUAAUGUACAUGAUUUUGGAAUGAGAUGUUUGACGAGCAGGUGUCCACAUACUUUUGGUUGUGUAGUGUACAUGUCUUACUUUAGUAUAUUAUAAAGCAGUGAUCCAAAACAAAUAUGUUCAAAGAAAGUACUUAAGCGAGUAUGAGGUAGACAUAUGUACACCAAUGUAUGACCACAGAGAAAUCAUAUCAAAGACAAUAUAGCUCAGAGAGGUGUGGCUUUCUCAAGAUGAGACCAGGCUAAUGUGAAUUGUAUAUAGCUAGGCCUCCAUAUUACGGUUAUGACGGUAUUAACAUCUCAUUUAUCAGUGUUAACAUGGUUAGUGGACCAAGCCGUGAAUAGAUAGAACUAUAUAUUCUCCUCAUGUAGACCUCAAGUGCCAUUCACAUGCAAUGCUGUUGGUGGGGGCCCUGGAGCCACAAUAGCUCUGGUCCAGGUCGUUGUUUGGUCGUACGAUUGUGCGAUCACAGCCAAACUAGACCAGAGCGAGAGACACAAUUGACUCAGAGCGAAUAGGAAAGGUGCUGAAACAAACACUUCUCAGCAGAUAUACUUCCAGUGAAGUGUAGUGGCUGCAAGUAAGGCACUUUAGGCUACUUGAGGAGCUUGUCAUGAAAACUGGAUUCCAAGAUUUUUUUUACUCUGAAAACUGCUAUCGGCUAAUGAAUCUCUAGGAAACUGUCAACUCACUCUUAUAACUUUAAUGUAUAGUAUUUAACCACUGAAAACUGUUCCCAUUCAGUAUCGCUCAUGUGACCCACUUGGACAGUUGUUUUUGAUAGUGUUUAAGUAUGUUAACAUGUCAGAACAGACGUUUUUGAAAUGUACAGAUAUUUUGAUAAAUGUAUGCAUUGUUUUAUACUUCUUAAUCUACUCAUUACCAUAUAAGGUUAAUAUUGUACAUAUUGUUUAAAACACCAUGUCAUAUACAAUUUCUUAUUUUAACGUAUCUUUUGGUCCAUUUUGUAUUUUUAAUUUAAGACAAACAGAUGUGGCUUCUCUUGAACAUAAUGAUCUAGUGUGUGAAACAGGACGCCCUGGUGUCACACUUGCCCGACAGUAAAGUUAUUAGAUCAAUGGCACCCUAUUCCCUAUAUAGUGCACUUCUUUUGGCCAGAGCACAAUAGGAACUGGACAAAAGUAGCGCUCUAUAGGUAACCCAUUGACAUUCAGAGAAGCUUCCUGUGGUCUUGGGACUGUAAAUGUCCACAUUAUAGCAUGCGCAACAAACCACUCAUCUCUAGAUUUCCUGUGAACUUAACCACUCAUCAGCUUCAUAAGACUGGAUAAUAUUGGCAUGUUAUUAACUUCAUGUUUUUUUAGGCAAUAUGUGCUUAUUACAAAAUACUUGUUAGAUUGAGUUCAAUGGAUAUGAUCAAAUAAACUGUCUACACUGUG